UCAUGGUGAUGAACAUGAUAUGCUCCAACUUGUGGUCCUUGGGAGAUUAAACAAAGGGCAAAAGUCUUAUCCUUAGCAAGGCUGCAAGGAUUAAGAAGUGGGUCAUGAAGCAAAGCAACAUUAGAAACAUCCACAGAGGUGCCAAAAAAAAUUGAUGCGAGGACAAGGUCUGGCCCCUCGAGCUUGUUGUUUUCCUCUCCCAGAACUCCCUAGAUUCCAGCCUUGCAAGAUUUUUUCCACUGUAAUUGCUUGUGCUUAUUGAUGACAAAGUGGAAGUAGGGCAAAGAGGAGCGGCAUCGAGAGGCGGAGGAAAGGAAAGUUUCCAUUUUUAUGGGUGCAUGAUUGAGGCCUCAGCCCCAAUCCCAGCCUCUGUUGUCGUUGCUUUCCCUGUUUGACUUCCACACCUUCUUCCUCCUUGUACUCCCCUUCUUCCGCCCCCUCUUUACCCCUCUGUUCGCAACCCUUCUUUCUGUCUAUUCCAUUCAAAGGUUGCAUCUUUUGCUCUCUCCGUGCCUCUCUCUUUCUCUCUCCUGUUUUCAUUCUUCCACCGCAGUGUUUGCUUUCGAAUCCUCUCUUGCUUCUUGGUGGUCUUGGUGGUCUUGGUCUGCAUCUUGUCUUUCUUCUCUUAAGAGAGGUAGAAGAUUGCUUUGUGACCAUGACAGUGGAAGAAAGGAAGGGGAACGCAGAUCAGUUCCCUGCGGGCAUGCGUGUUCUAGCGGUGGAUGAUGAUCCCCUUUGUCUCAAGUUGUUGGAGGCCCUGCUACGCCGCUGCCAGUACAAUGUUACGACCACCGAUAAAGCGAUCACGGCAUUGAAUCUGCUAAGAGAGAACAAAGACAAAUUUGAUCUGGUUAUCAGCGACGUGCACAUGCCGGAUAUGGAUGGUUUCAAGCUUCUAGAGCUUGUAGGCCUCGAGAUGGACCUGCCUGUUAUUAUGUUGUCUGGCAAUGGCGAAACCCAAACUGUGAUGAAGGGAAUCGCUCAUGGUGCUUGUGACUAUCUGCUAAAGCCUGUGAGGAUCGAGGAGCUGAGGAACAUCUGGCAGCAUGUCAUCCGGAGGAGGAAGUUUGAAAGAAGAUGCCACAAUGAUCUUGAUAGUAGGGAGGAUGGCCAAAAGGCUCAAAUUGUGAAAUCUGAAGAUGGCCAAGGGGCAGCUGAUUGCUAUGAAAAAGCUAAUAAAAAACGGAAAGAUCAGAUUGAAGAUGACGAAGAUGAUAGUGAUGACAACAUGCAAGAGAAUGAAGAUCCAUCCUCCCAGAAAAAGCCGAGGGUUGUUUGGACUGUCGAGCUACACAGAAAAUUUGUCAUUGCUGUUAAUCAACUGGGUAUUGACAAGGCUGUACCAAAGAAAAUACUUGAUCUUAUGAAUGUUGAGAAGCUGACAAGGGAGAAUGUUGCAAGCCAUUUACAGAAGUAUAGGCUGUACCUGAAAAGGCUCAGUGCUGUGGCAGGGCAACAAGCUAGCAUGGCUGCAGCCAUAGGAGGUAGAAACUCAUCCUAUCUUCAUAUGGCUUCUUUGAAUGGUCUCAGAAAUUACUAUGCAACUGGAGGAUCAAGCCAACUGCCAACUCUUGGAUCUUUUCAACCAAACGGAGUGCUUGGUAGAAUGGGUAGUCCAUCUGCCCUAGGAAUGCAUGGGCUGUUGCCUUCUCAGACAGGGCAGCUUGGCAGUGUGCCGAGCAGCACGAGCAAUCCAUAUAAUGAUUUAGGGAAGAUCCAAGGGACAACAUCACCGGGAAAUUCUCAAAUGAAUUUGCUUCAAGGGUUACCCGGAACUUUGAACUUAGAGCAAUUUCAGCAGCCUAAGUUAGUGCAGGAACCAAAAAAACACUUACCUGCAGGCUUAUAUGGAAGUGGCCUUGCUGCUGGUCCUUCCACUGGUUCUUUUCCAAAUGUUUCAAACAACCCUCUGUUACUGCAACCAAACAAGCAGCAUGACCGAUCAGGAGGAUUGGGCAAUUAUUCAUCAUUCAGGAUGUCUCCCUCGAGCUCAGAUUUCGAUAUUGAUCUCCAAGAUAUUUCCCAGUUUCCUCGUAUUAGUAGAUAUAAUGACUCGUGGCAAGGUGCUGUUGUUUCAUCAAGGGAUUCUGCCAAUGCAGUGCCUAUACUUGCCUCUUCCAGUCAUAACAAUCUGUCUCCUGGUAAUAUUGGAGGAAAUUUUUCUUCGAGAACUCCACAUGCAGCCACCAAAAUGCUUGAUGAAUCUCCAAACAUUGUGGCUGUUGCACCUCUGAGUGAUCCAACAAUAAGUAAUAAUAUACAAAACCAAGUUUGUUCACUUAGUGGGAGCACAAUAGCUAUGCCUGCAGGUUUCAACAAUGAUCCAAAGUUGUCGAAAUUCAAUAUAACAGGCAACUCUAGACAGAAAUGGGAUUAUAUCUUCAAUUCAAAUGAAAUUUCAAGUACUUCCUCAAAUCCUUCAUUGCCCAAUCUUCGAAUUACUGAUGCAACUGCUCAGUGUCAGGCAUCAGAGAAUGUCUUCAUUAACAAAAAGUUGGAUGUUGACGCAAUAGGCCAAGUACAUUUUGGUGCUCCACUUGUCACUCAGGCUUGCAUGAUUGACAAGUUAAUUAGUGACAGUCCGCAGAACUUUAGAGGUGAAUAUGCAAUGGCGACCACAAGUUUGCAGACUGGCCUAAAUUCUACUGGUUGCAGCUUGGAUGAUGUUGUGAAUGCUAUGGUUAAACCAGAGCACGACGACAUCGCCUUCUUGGAUAUGGACAUGGGAUGUGAAAUCUACCCUUUAGGAACUUGCAUGUGAAGGAAGGUCUUUUGUGUGAAGGAUCUUGAUUAAAUGGUCUCUGUUAGGAUUAUUGUGUUUGACAGUAUUAAGAUCGUAUAAUGGUUGUAGUCUGUGGGUUUCUUGCAACGAAGAAAAAGAGUGUAGAUGGGUGGAAUUGGUGGUAUUUGCAACAUGGAAUUUUGUACUGUGCACAGCUUUUGGCUUUGGAUUGAACCAUGCGAACCAUGCUAUCAAAUAACGUAUGUUUGAGCUC